GACAAAGCUGAGCUUCUUGUAGAGCACCCUCAACCCACCAUCUCAUAGCCCAACAUCGGCUCCGAAACCCCAUAUAGCCCCCAAUGGCGUCCCGGAGACUAGCUCUUAACCUUUCCAAGGGGCUGCGCGCCCGCGCCGGCCUCAGCAUGCCCAUGCGAAGAGGUUUUGCCACACCAGUUCCGACGCCUGCCGGCACCCAGACAACGACUCUCAAAAAUGGCCUCACGGUCGCUACCCAGUACUCUCCCUACGCGCAAACAUCAACGGUCGGCAUGUGGAUAGAUGCUGGCUCCAGGGCCGAGACCAACGAGACCAACGGAACCGCACACUUCCUCGAGCACCUUGCUUUCAAGGGAACGCAACGCAGGACACAACACCAACUGGAGCUCGAGAUUGAGAACAUGGGAGCACACCUCAAUGCUUACACCUCGCGCGAAAACACUGUUUACUUCGCCAAGUCCCUGAACGAGGAUGCCCCCAAGUGUGUUGACAUCCUCGCCGAUAUCCUCCAAAACUCAAAACUCGACGAGUCUGCCAUUGAGCGUGAGCGUGACGUGAUCCUGCGCGAGUCGGAGGAAGUUGAGAAGCAGCUCGAGGAGGUUGUCUUUGACCACCUCCACGCGACUGCGUUCCAGCACCAGCCUCUUGGCCGCACCAUCCUGGGCCCCCGCGAGAACAUCCGCGACAUUACCCGCACCGAGCUUGUCAACUACAUCAAGCAGAACUACACGGCCGACCGCAUGGUCCUCGCCGCUGCUGGUGGUGUCCCCCACGAGCAGCUCGUCGAGCUCGCCGACAAGUACUUUGCCAACCUGCCGGGCGAGACCGCCAAGACCAGCGCCUACAUCCAGUCCAAGGCUAAGCCCGACUUUGUUGGCUCCGACGUCCGCAUCCGUGACGACACCAUCCCCACCGCCAACAUUGCCAUCGCUGUUGAGGGUGUCAGCUGGAGCGACGACGACUACUUUACCGCCCUGGUUACCCAGGCCAUUGUCGGCAACUACGACAAGGCCAUGGGCAACGCACCGCACCAGGGAAGCAAGCUCUCUGGCUUUGUCCACAACAACGACUUGGCCAACAGCUUCAUGAGCUUCUCGACCAGCUACAGCGACACUGGUCUCUGGGGUAUCUACCUGGUGACCGACAAGCUCACCCGUGUCGAUGACCUCGUUCACUUUGCCCUCCGCGAGUGGUCGCGCCUGUCGCAGAGCGUCACCGAGGCCGAGGUCGAGCGCGCCAAGGCCCAGCUCAAGGCUUCCAUCCUUUUGUCCCUGGACGGCACCACUGCCGUUGCCGAGGACAUUGGCCGUCAAAUCGUCACUACUGGCCGCCGCAUGAACCCGGCCGAGAUUGAGCGCGUCAUUGACGCUGUCACUGCCAAGGACGUCAUGUCAUUUGCUCAGCGCAAGCUGUGGGACAAGGAUGUUGCUGUCAGCGCUGUCGGCAGCAUCGAGGGCCUGUUUGACUACGCAAGGAUCAGGGCCGACAUGAGCCGCAACUUCUAAGUUGUUUGUUUCGAUGAGGGUUGGGAGAAGCGGUUUGCGUGUGAUUAGAUGAGCCAGGAGGAAGAGAGCCACUGUACUAAUAUGUGUGAGUCUCAGCCCCGUUCAGGGUUGAGUUGGGGUUACUUGCUUAGACAUAGAGCAAACGACUCGUCUCGACCAGAAAAUAAGAUAAGCUUUUCUUUGUGUUUAGAUGAGGUCUUUUAGUCGUCUGUUUGUACAUAAACAGUUGGUUUGGUUUGGAAAUACUUGUCAUUCCCUAAUGUGGUUCGUGUUGUCGCGUCCGAGACAGAUGCAUGCCUUUGCUCUCCCUUGACCCCUUUUUCUUAUAUCAUGACAAGGUAUUAUGCCAAAAGCUCCCAUGAUUUCCUGACUGAUUUAUUCUCUC